AUGUGGGGUUCUUCAGAGUCAGCUGUCCAGCGACCAAAUGGCAUUAAUAAUAGUGGUCAGGGUGGUGGGGGCAAUCAAUCCAACAAAUAUCAGGGCAAGAAUGUUGUUUGUGUCGGUGAAGAACUAAAAAUUGCUGUUAAUUUAGCUCUUGAAAGAUUUAGACUUUCUGAAGACAUGCAAGAAUUUGAUUUUCCUUCAUCUUUGAAAUCCAAUGAGAGAGCCUAUGUACAUAAUUUGUGUGUUAAAUAUGGUUUCAAAUCAAGAAGCAAAGGCAAAAAGUCAAAUCGCAUUCUGACCGUGAUGAAGAAGGAUUUGAAUUCUCAGUCGUGCGUUCUCACAAAUGUUGAUCUUGUAAGGAACUCUCGUAAUCAGAUUCAAAAUUUACUCCAAAAACAUCCAUUGACUGUUAAAGAAAGGCAGGAACUUCAACAAAGAAAUGAGAGAAAUCAAAUGAAUGAAAGUAUGAUGAAAGAGAUAGCAAAGACGACAACAGGUAGAUUGAACAAUGGAAUGCCUCAAGUACCACCACCCAAAUCAACAUCUCCAGAGUUUCUGGCUUUUCAAGAUAGCCUGCCUGUCUCCAAGAUGAAGGACGUUAUUGUGAAGACCAUCAAUGAAAACAAAGUCAUCCUAAUCUCUGGCGAAACUGGUUCUGGCAAAACAACACAAAUUCCUCAACUGAUACUGAAUGAUUGUCAUGCGAACAACAAGGCAUGUAGAAUCUUCUGCACCCAGCCACGCAGAUUAUCAGCACUGACCAUUGCAGAGCGUGUAGCAGCUGAAAGGGGUGAGAAAAUUGGCCAUACUGUUGGCUACCAGAUCAGAUUGGAGAGCAGAGUAUCUCCAAAGACGAUUCUAACUUUUUGUACGAACGGUGUUCUGUUGAGAACGUUGAUGGCAGGUAGUCAGACCAUAUCAGACGUCACUCAUAUUCUCGUGGAUGAAGUACACGAGCGAGAUAGGUUCUGCGACUUUCUGCUGACCGUCUUGAAGGAUUUGCUACCUCGCAUGAAGCAUUUGAAGCUAGUACUGAUGAGUGCAAACAUCAACACGCAGCUCUUCUCAACGUACUUCACUGGAUGUCCCAUCUUGCAAUUAGCAGGUCGAAUGUUUGAUGUCCAGGAGCUCUUCCUCGAAGACAUCCUCAAAUGGACAAAUUAUACAAACAAGGAGAUGGAGAAGAGGCAGCAAUCCUUUAAGUUUUCAUGCAACAACAACAGCAGCAGCAGUAGUAGCAGCCACAACAACAACAACAACAAUGACAUCUACCCUUCUUUUGAUUACCAGAAUCCAUACUUAAACAACAACAGCAAUAAUAAUCUUAAUAAAAAUAAUUCUUCUAACAACUUGUACACUGGGACAGAAAGGGAGGAGCUGGAGCCGUGGCUGGUGAAAGAAUGGGAUGAUCUGCUGGCUGAGAUUUGGCUGAACGUCAAAGAAGAGAUAUUCUCACAAAUAUUUCAUCUCAUACUCAAUGAAAAUGUCAAUGUUGACCACAGGCAUUCCGAGAUGAGUGUCACCCCGUUGAUGGUGGCAGCAGGUCGAGGCUUCAUCAGCGUGGUUGAGAAGUUGUUGAACAUGGGGGCGAACGUGCACGUCAGGUCCAGCAAUGACUGGAGGGCCAUCGACUGGGCGCAGAAGUUUGACCAGGCUGAGGUCGUUGAACUCAUUGAAGCUCACAUCGCUACUCUGGAGAACAGUGAGGAUGACGAUGCAAACCUUCUGAAAUUUUCUGACAGUCUGACGAAGGAGGAUAAGGAACUGCUCAGUUUGUAUCACAGCAGCUUCGAUGAUGACAAGGUUGAUGUCGACCUCAUCAUCUGCCUGCUACAAAAAAUACAUUCCUUGCAACAACCUGCCAUCCUUGUCUUCCUGCCCGGUUACGAUGAGAUAAUGACGUUGAGGGAGAGGAUAGUUGAGAACAGAUGCUUUGCAGAGAAUGCUCGGUACAUUCUGUACACCCUGCAUUCACAAAUGCAGUCGUCAGAUCAGAAGAACAUAUUCAAGGUUCCUGAAAGUGGGACCAGGAAAAUAAUCUUGUCGACAAACAUUGCCGAGACGAGCAUCACCAUUAACGAUGUCGUCUUUGUUAUCGACUCUGGGAAAGUGAAGAUGAAGUCUUAUGACGCUCUCACAUCAGUUUCCAUGCUUAAGACCCAGUGGAUCUCGAAGAGCAGUGUCUCACAAAGAAGUGGAAGAGCAGGCAGGUGCAGACCAGGUGUGGCCUACCACCUAUUCAGCAGUGUCAGGUACCAACACAUGCAGGAGUACCCACUUCCUGAACUCGUCUGCUAUCCACUCCAGGAAUUAUGCCUACACACGAAAUUGUUGGCCUCACCCAACUGCAAAAUAGCAGACUUUCUUUCCAAGGCUCCCGAACCUCCAGCAUUCCUCAUCACGAAGAAUGCCGUUCACUUGCUCAAGCAAAUAGAUGCUCUGGACCCAUUUGAAGACCUGACUGAACUGGGCCACCAUCUAGCUGACCUGCCCAUCGAACCGAAGUAUGGAAAGAUGAUUCUCUACAGCGUCGUUCUCAAAUGCCUUGAUCCCAUCCUCACCAUUGCCUGCUCCCUCGCUUACAAGGAUCCAUUUCUCCUGCCGUCACUGCCCCACCAGAAGAGGGCAGCUGCCAUGUCGAGGAGGAGGUUUGCAGCAGGAACAUGCAGUGACCACAUGGCUCUGCUGAGGGCGUUUCAAAGUUGGCAGAAAGCUCGAUCAGAGGGGUGGGAGAAAUCGUUUUGUAACAAAAACUUCUUGUCCUCAUCUACAAUGGAGAUGAUUGUAUCUAUGAGGUUAACUCAGCUGUUGGGUCAGUUGAGGGCAGCUGGUUUCGUGAGGGCUCGUGGCGGAGGGGACAUCAGGGAUCUCAACUCGAAUUCUGAAAACUGGUCGGUGGUGAAGGCUGCCUUGUGUGCUGGCAUGUACCCCAAUCUCAUCAAGGUCAACAAGGAGAGGUCACACCUCAUCACCAACAAGGAAAGCAAGAUACGCUUCCACAGUUCCUCAGUCCUUGGACCGGCACCCAAUGAAGUUGGUUCCAACAUGCACAAUGUUGCUGUUAGCCGUCUGCCCACUGAUUGGCUGGCCUUUGAGGAGAUGACUCGCAUGCAUCGUACUCUGCAGGUAAAAUCAUGCACUGCCAUCUCUCCAAUAACUGUAGCCCUAUUUGCAGGGCCUGCCAAGUUGCCCUCAUCGCAGCAACAACAGCCUCAACAAAUACCAGCAGACUCAUGGCAUAGUGAUAGCGAGCAAGAAGACAUCAAAGAUGACAACCAACCAAAAAGUUACCUGGCUCUCGAUGAUUGGAUCAAGUUUUCAUUUGAGCCUGGCAACUCCACGUUGAUUGUUCAACUGCGCCUCAAGUGGCACUCCCUAUUCAUGCGUCGAAUGAAGGCUCCCACCAAACUCUGGUCUCCCUUCGAUGAGACGACAAUAAAAACCAUUGUGAAUGUGCUGACCAAUGAAGAACAUGCACUGGGUCUGCAGCAACCUGCAGGCAUUGGCCAACGACCGAGACCCAUGUGCAGCGAGACGAGUGUCAUGAGUGGGGGUUCCAAGGAGUUGUCCUCAUCUUCAUCCUCGUUGUCGUCAUUACCGGGAGCUGCUGAGUUGAGCAACAAUCAGGAUGGUUCAAGUUCUGCUGCAAAGAAUUGUUGGUACUUUUCAAAUGUUUUACAUUAA